AUGGCUACAUACAAGGUCCAGGUGGCCACAGGUGAUGUUUUUCAGGCAAGGACAACAAAUUCCAUCAGCAUCACUCUGGUGGGAACUGAAGGGGAGAGCGCCAAGACGAAACUCAGCCAUAAACUCCUGACCAAUUGUAUGAAGUCCAGGAUUCACUGUGAGCAUGACCUGGGUCCUAUCCUGCUAAUUCGCUUGUAUAAGGAGCGAAUCCUUUUUGAAGAUGCCUGGUUUUGCAAUGAUGUCUGUGUGACCUCACCCCAGGGAAAGAUCUACCACUUCCCCUGCUACCAAUGGGUGGAGAAUGAGAUCCCACUGCAACUCCGGGAAGGGACAGGUAAAACUCUCAGUGAUGAAGAAUAUGACAUCCUUAAACAACAUCGACGAAAUGAACUGGAGGAGAGACAGGCGGUGUUCCGUGUCAAAAUAAUUGCAGCACAAAAUCCACUGUUUAUACAAUUUAUCCAAAAUUAUGUUAAUGUCCCUGCCUCAACGUACAGGUGGAAGACCUUUGCUGAGGGCUGGCCCCUGUGUUUGGAUGAGGAUUCAGUUGAGGACCUGUCCUCAGAUACCAAGUUCUCCUAUAUACGGACCAAAGAAUUCCAUGUUCCAGAGUAUGUAGCCCGCCACUGGAGUAAAGACACAUUUUUUGGCUACCAGUUUCUGAAUGGCAACAAUCCAGUUGUGAUUCAAAAGUGCAUGGAGCUGCCAGACAAAUUCCCGGUGAGGCAGGAGAUGGUGGCUAGUUUCCUGGGGGCUGACACUAACCUCAGGAAGGAAAUGCAGGAGGGACAUAUAUUUAUUGCGGAUUAUGAAAUCCUUGAGGAUAUUCCCACUGGAACCAUCCAUGGGCAGCAACAGUACAGUGCUGCUCCUCUGUGCCUCCUACACCAGGACUCUGCUGGGCUUCUGCACCCCAUUGCCAUCCAGCUCAGCCAGACACCUGGCCCGAAGAGCCCCAUCUUCCUGCCAAGUGACUGUGAGUGGGACUGGAUCCUGGCCAAGACCUGGGUGCGCAAUGCUGAGUUUUACAUCCAUCAGAUCAUUACCCACCUGCUGAAGACCCAUCUCUUUGGGGAGGUCUUUGCCAUCUCCACCCUGCGACACCUGCCCAUGUGCCAUCCUGUGUUCAAGCUGCUGAUCCCUCACUUCCGUUUCACAUUGCACAUUAACACCUUGGCUAGAAGCGUGCUCAUCAACCCCGGUGGCAUCGUAGAAAAAGGUACUGGUGCUUCUUAUGAAGGGCUGACAAUGAUCCUGAGAAGGGGAUUGGAGAAGGUGACCUACAGGUCUCUCUGCCUCCCUGAUGACAUCCAGGCCCGAGGAGUCUCCUCUAUUCCCAAUUAUUAUUACAGAGAUGAUGGGAUGAAGCUCUGGACAGCUGUGGCCAGCUUUGUCUCUGGCAUUAUUGAUUUCUAUUAUGCAAGUGAUGAGUCUGUCCAAAGAGAUGCUGAGCUGCAGGCCUGGGUAAAGGAGAUCUUCAUGAAUGGCUUCCUGGGCAGAGAGUCUUCAGGUAUCCCUUCAUCUUUACAGACCAUCCCAGAGCUCAAGAAAUUCCUCACCAUGGUGAUAUUCACAUGCUCAGCCCAGCAUGCAGCUGUCAAUACUGGACAGUACGACCUAGGAGCAUUCCUGCCCAAUUACCCAUCAUCCAUGAGAGAGCCUCCACCUGAAGUGAAGAGCAGGUACUCCCUGCAGCUUUUCCUUGAUACCAUCCCGACUGUGGCCACCACAGCCCAAAAUGCCACAUCCCUCCUGCUGUUGAGCAGUAGACUGGCAGACACGAGGUUCCUUGGCCAGUAUCCAGAGGAGCAUUUCACGGAACAGGAGCCAAAGCAACUGAUCAAGGCCUUUCAGGAACGCCUCCAGGAGAUCACUGAGGAGAUUGAGGAGAGGAAUAACCCCGUGGAGCUGCCAUACAACUAUCUUAAUCCCAAGCAGAUAGAAAAUAGCAUCUCCAUCUAAUCCAGCCUGGGCACAGGGGCUCUGUCAGAGCAUCUCAGUGCCGUACAGGGCCUCUGAUAGUCAAGCCCUUCUGUGACCUCUCUCUCCUCAGAGAGAACAUUGCUUUCCUGCUGCUCUGAAGCCACCAGUUCCAGUGUGAUCUAUGACCCCUCAUGGCCUUAGGGAGAGCAUAGCAGCCAUCAUCCUCUGGAAACAGAGCAACCCACCAGCACUGCACACCCUCUGCCAGACCUCUGUGUUUCCACACACACCCAUCUCCACAGGAUGCUCUCCACAGGAUAGGUUUCCAAAUAGAGUCCUGCAACAAGGUGGAUCCCAUGUCCACUGGAAGGGAGUAGUAUCCUUUGCUUCAACCUACAAGACUCCAGAGAAAAUAAAGGCAGAACCUGUCACUCUCCAUAAGGAUCUGUAUCUAAAACCAUGAAAA